AUGGGAACAUGGCACUUGACCAUCUUUGUUGACAGGAUUCUUGGUCACGAGGAGAUCAACAAGCGCAACAAGGAGGGAAGAACGCCUCUAUGGUAUGCCGCUCUGGAGGGACACAGUGAUGUUGUGGAGGUUCUUUGUCAAGAAGGAGCAGACCCCAACAUCGUUGGAAAGAACGAUAUCUCGCCUCUUUUCUUUGCAGCCAACAACGGACAUCUGAAGGUUGUGGAAUGCCUCUAUCGGGAAGGUGCCAACAUUGAAGCAAGUUCUGAUUUUGGCACAACGCCUAUCUCAUGUGCAUCUAACGCAGGGCAUGUCGACAUUGUGAAGUUCCUCCGUGAUAAGGGUGCAGAUAUCAACAAACCCGACAGCACGAAGGGAGGGCCUAUUUCAUACGCGUCUGAAGGAGGCCACACGGCUAUUGUGUCAUUUCUUGUUCGAGAAGGGGCUGACUUAAAUACCAAGGAUGUCUUUCAGAACAUACCUGCCGCGUACGCUGUCAAGGAUGGCCAUAUGGAUUGUCUCAAGAUUCUUGUUAGCAGCGACUCCGAUUUUGAAGCGAAGCAUCAGGGGGGACAAACGAUGCUGAUGAUGGCGGUUGAAGAGGGUCACCAGAAGAUGGUUGAGUGGCUUCUUGAGCAUGGAGCCAGUGCCAUGACAGUCAACCAGAAAGGAGAAUCUGCCAUGGCUUACACAUUGAACAUUUGGAACCCACGAGGAUUGCCUUUGGCUCAGCUCAUAAACCUGAAGGGCCGAAGCAACCCACACUGGACUGAUGAUGGCGGAACAAGCGUUUUUCAUUAUGCUGCUCAGCAAGGACAUUGCGAGGCCCUCCAACCUCUCUUAAAUUUGGGGGGGGCGGACAUCAAUCUUCGACAUAAAAGAGGGCAGACGCCUUUUAGCUACGCUGUUGCUUCUUAUAAAGGUCAGGACGCGGCGAAGUUUCUGCUCUCUACGGGAAAGGCUGAGAUUGAUUCUAAGGACAAUGAUGGCCGCACGCCACUUAGCCAUAUUGCUACCCAUUGGGGAAAUAGGCGCAGCUUAAAACUUCUCCUAGGGACUGGGAAUGUUGAUAUAAAUUCCAAAGACGAUGGUGGGCGGUCGCCAUUAAGUUGGGCGGCGGGGAGCGGGGCUUAUGACUGUGUAAAAGAGCUUCUUUUGGUUAGCACAGUGGAUAUGAACGCAAGGGAUUUGCAAGGCCGUACACCACUUACGGUCAUCUCCAUCAGGAGAAAACCACCGCUCCCGCUCUGCAACAGCCAACAACCCCCGGUGCAAGCUCAACGCCGCCGGGACCGCCAUGUGGUUUUCUUCCACGGGCUCCACGGGUCUCACGGGCUGUGCCUCCCAGUUACUGACUGUGGUGGUGGUGGUGGUGGUGGUGGUGGUGGUGGUGGUGGUGGUUGCGGUUUUACCUUCCCCUUGGACCCCGACUGGUAG